AUGAGUGUGGAGCGUGGAGAGAGAGACGAGGCUCGCAGCCGGCACACACACCGGCCGCAUACUAAUGACGGGGACGACAACCUGCGGCACAGAGACAAAAACAGACGCAGCAUCCACACGUCCGCUGAGAGUUACCGCAGCGCUAUCGAGUCACGAGGACUGACUCCAACGCAACGCGAUGCGACUCGCCACUCUCCGGGCCCCAGGCUCCUUCACUUUAAGUCCCCCGGGCCCCUACUACCCAACUACAGCUCUCUCCCUACACAUCACUAUAAGAUGUCCACGACACUCACUCCGUUUGUUAUGCCAGUGAUCGUCUCGUCAAUGGCUGCUUUAUUGAACCAAAUCAUUAACAUUCACCAGUUUUCCGCGCUUCCGGCUCUGUUGGUAACGACAAGCGUAUAUAUUAACCGAUAA